CUGCUCGCUUCUUCACAUAUCCAUUCUCGGCGAACGGUCAGUUGUAAAAUCGCUCACAAGCAAUAUGCGUUUCGAGACGUGCCGAGAUUCGCUUCUCGUUCUUGCCUGCGCUUCCGUCUUCGUAGACGCCGCGAUCGCAGCGUGCACCAGCAGCAGAUACGAGGAUGGAAUUGGCAAGCGGCUAAAAUGUUCCAACGUCACGUUAACUAUCGCCCUAACAUUCGGCGGGCCGGACGUGGACGACGUCAUGAUUUUCCAGUCGCGGAUAGAAAGCAUUCCCGACCGGUCUUUCAUGAGAUACAGCCAGAACCUAGUCUCCCUGAGUAUGCACGACUGCGGCAUCAAGGAGAUUUCCGGCCACGCGUUCGACAGCCUGAGGAAGCUGAGGAAGCUCAACCUGCCGUACAACAACAUCACGUCGGUGAGGGACCAGUGGUUCGUCGAUCUGUCGUCGCUGCAGCAGUUGGACCUGUCGUACAAUCUCAUCGCGUCGAUCGAGCCGACGGUCUUUGGGAAGCUGCACGAUCUCAAGUGGCUCGACGUCAGGGAGAACCGUUUGACGUGCCUGGAGCCGACUCAGCUCGCACCGAUGGCCGGCCUCGAGAAGCUCCGCUUCUCCGGAAAUCCCCUCACCUUCCGGUGCCGCGGCACGCUGACGCUGUGGCUGCGGGAUCUCGGGAUAAGUUACAAAACCGAUCAACGCGGGGAGGAAAACUGGCUGGACAGUAUACUGUGGCUCUGCGCCGCGGACGACGUCAAGGUGGCCGAUUCCGAGGUCUUCAUGAAGGAGUGCGUCAUCCUGAAUCUAUUCAAUCAACUUCGCACCGGUUUGACCACGGCCGAGUCCUUCCCCCUGUCCAUCCCCCAGGGGUGCGUGCACGCGAGAAACGAGCUCACGAAGUGCGUCGCUGAGGAUCGCAAGCACGGCAGAGAAGUCGUUACCAACGGACAUGUCGUGAGAAAACUGUUGAGGCAGUUGCAAGAAUCGAAGUCGAGCGUAUAACGCGCAAGAAACGACAUAUCGCUCUCAAUUGAUGCAACGACACAAUUAAAUUGUCAUUGUUUAAUUACUUACAGAAAAAGAAAAACUGUAUAUACUUUAAAGGAAUGUUCUUUUAGUCUUCUACAAUCAGUUAUUGUAUUAUUAUAAUUUCGAAAUUAAUAUUACAACAGUUCUUUCUCAAUAUUACAUUCGUUCAUCUUUUUACAUCUAUUUUCAGUUGGAAAUGACUGUAGGUUAAAACGCGCACAUGGCCUUUUUUUAAAGAGUAUUUUUGUAAACGACUUAUAAUGACUGAUUAUUAAAUAAUUCAUAUUCCAAAAGAUUUAUGCCGCGCAUCAAGUGGAAUAAAGACACUAACUCUAGGCUCAUCCUCAGGAUAAAAAUUCAUAUUUUUAUUCGGAAAAAUAUGAAACAAUCGAGAACAUAUUUAAUAGUUGUAUUAAUCAUGAAGAAUACUUUAUAAUUUCAAUAAUACUUUAUAUUUUUUAAUUUUAAUUGAAAAUUAUUCACAAUUAGACCCCUGGAGUUAGUUGCGCAUCAGACUAUCAAACUGUGAAACAUAUUUAUGGGUCAAUUCUAAGUAGAAUCGUAUAAGGUUCGUAAUUUGUACUCGUAAGACUUGUAAGAACUUAUGACUGAAUGCUUGUUACUUUGCAAUAUUUUUACAGACAGCUUCUUGCUAGCCGUAAGAUUUACGAGAAAUCAUAGAUAUUUACGAAUGAUCGUACGUCUUAUGCAUAGAAUUACAGUCAUAAGUUCACACAAGUCUUAUGAGAAUAAGUUGCGAGUCUUUCGAUUCUGAAUUGACCCAUUAAUUUUAACUGAUUAUGAGCAUGACGUUGAUUUUUUUCCAUGAAAUCUAAUGCUAUUUACUACUUCCUGUAAAAGCCAUAAGACAAUCGUAAUAAGUAUUAAACUUUGUAUGAAUUUUUAAAAAUACACCUAAUUUAACGUCUCAGCUUUUAUUACUUACUGAUAUCAAUAAAAUAUGCAGUCAUAAUUGCUAGCAAACAAGAAACAAUUAAUUGAUAAAGCUAACAUAAAUGCUAAAAAUUCUUGCGAUAUGCGCCCAGUCGACGAAAAAUGCAAUAAAUAUUUAAAUAUAAUAAAUUAUCCAGAAUUAGUGCCUGAUCCA